CGGCGGGUCGAGACCGUGAAACUCGGGACUGUUGAUCAAACUGGGGUAAAUGUCGACUGAACCGGUCCGGACACACUCGGCGGGAUUAUAUAACCUCCAGCAGGUCUGCGGACGCUCCUGUCGGCUCUCAGCGGGACACUGUCGCACGUUUCAGGGACACAAAUGGGUGAGAACGAGGAGAAGAGUCCGGAUGGAGUGAAAUAUUACAGACUGUCAGAGAUCCAGGAGCAGAACUCGUUCAAAUCGACGUGGAUCAUCAUCCACAACAAGGUCUACGAUGUCACCAAGUUCCUGGAGGAGCACCCCGGAGGAGAGGAGGUGCUGCGGGAGCAGGCGGGAGGAAACGCCACCGAGAGCUUCGAGGACGUCGGACACUCCACCGACGCCAGAGACAUGGCGCAGGACAUGGUGAUCGGAGAGCUGCACCCGGACGACAGACACAAGAUCGCCACGCCUGAGGAAACACCUGUGACCACUCUGAACGAUGAGUCCAGUUGGUGGUUGAACCUGCUGAUUCCCGCUCUGAUAGCCAUCAUCGUCACGCUCGUGUACCGCAUCUUCACCUCAGACAGCGAGUGACAUCAUCAGACAUGCAGCUGUGAUGUCAUCAACAGGCACCACGGCCUAAUGCCCCGGCUUGUGAUUGACAGCUGCACCGGCCAAUGGCGGCGUAGACCAGCAGCAGACCACCGACUGUCUGAUGGACGGAUCGAAUCACUUCCUGGACGCCGUCUCACAGCACUAACAUACCCAGCAUUCAUUUCAUGAUGUUCAACCAACCAAUCACAUGGCAUUAUGUUAAUGAAGUCCUUUAUGUUGUUGAAUUUUGAAAUAUGGAUGUUUUAUAAAAAUCUGUGUGAUCUGAAAUCAUGUAGAAACUCAGCGAUGUAUAAUUUGUUGUAACUUUUUAUAUCUUUGUAACUGAAUGUAAGUGAGUGAAUAAAUAUGCAGUCAGCAGCUCCAGAGCGCCGUGAUGUCACGUGAUGUCACGUGAUGUCACAAGCUUAAUGCAGAUUAUCACAACAUGACAAACUGAUUAUGUCUUGAAGAAAAUGUAUGAAGUUUAAACAGCCUGCAGGUGUGUUUGGACUCACCUGAGCUGAAACAUUCUCCUUCUUCUCGUCGUGCCUUCGAUGUUCAACACGCUGCAGACGAUCUUCUGACUGACGUCUGUCGCUCUGAACAUCCUGAACCUGUCUGAAUAUUGUUGAGUCUUCUGGCCAGAUAGUCACAUCCAGGAGAAACACGGCAUCCGUCUGCUCGAUGCAGGACAGCAAAGUUCUGUUCAGGUUCUGUUGGUGACCGGAGUCGUUGGAUGAACAUCGAAACGUCCACAGAGCAGAAACUGAACUCAGCUCAGAUUCACAGCGUGUUGCUUUUACAAUAAAACUGAUUCAGUCACUGGA